UCCCCCUCUCUCUCUCUCUAAACGUCUCUCUCUCUAGCGGCACCGCUCCCACUCUCUCUCUCUCUCUUAAAUAUUACUUGCUUUCACCAGGAUCAUUACUUGUAGAUCAGAACUUUCAGAAGAAAUGAUGCCUAUAGAUCUCACCCAUCAUCACCAUCGUCAUCAUGAACAUGGUGAUGAUGAUGGUUCAGCUCAAUCCCAUGUACUUUUGAGGCACCCCAUCAUACGAAUCUCUUGGAACUCUUCUCAUGAUCAUCACAAUCAUGAAGAUCAUAAACAUAAAAAUGGUUUUUUCUCAGAGAAAGAAGCAGCAGUAAAUGCAAGAGGGAAGCGUGCAACUUCAUCAAUGGAGGGCUGUACUGAUGAUAGUACCAACGUUAAUAAUCUAGAAGGGAGCACAACUUCAAUAUCUGUGGCCAUGUCCAGAGCAAUAAGAGCCUGUGUUGACUGCAACACCACCAAGACUCCAUUAUGGAGGACUGGCCCUGCAGGCCCCAGGUCUCUUUGCAAUGCAUGUGGCAUAAGGUACAGGAAGAGGAGGAGAAUGGGUUUACUGGAAAGCGGUUUUGGAGGACCAAACGCGGUUUUGAAAAAGGAGAAGAGCAAUCAAAAGCGGUUUGGUAAGCGGUUUUUGUGGGGAGAGGAGGAACAGGCAGCGGUUUUGCUGAUGGCCCUAUCAUGUGGGCUUAAUGAGAAAAAGAUGGUUGAGUUGGCUAGUUUUGUCAAUACGUUCUAUGGAGUAUGAGGGGCAACAAUGUUAAUAAUUUGGUUGUUUUUGCCCUUUUUUAUUAAUUUUUUUUGAGGUGAAUGCAAUAUGUUGAGAUGUGGGUUGUUUUUUUUCUUCCAAUUCUUGUGUGCUGAAACAAGAAAGUGGAAUGCAAAAGAGAAAUUGAAUAAAAGGAAGGUUUGUGUUUUUGUUUUUGUUU